AAUUAACGUAUCUUAUGAUGAAUUGUUAUAGCAAAAUUUUAAGCAUAUGACUCAAUCAAAGGUUUGGAAAAAAGUCAAACUAGAGUUAGCAACAUUCAGUGACAGCUUCACAAGCACUUCACUUUCUUUUUUUCUUUACCUUUUCCUUUCACUCUACACCACCCAACCAAUCACAUUCCAUUGCUUCAACUCUUUAAACUGAACCCCCACAAAAAAUAUUUGCAAUUUGCAAUUCAAUUCUCACAUCCAAAUGGAUUCAAACCUUAAAAAUUUAAAAUUUAUGUCAUAAUUAUCUUCAUUCAAUCCAUGGACACGAAAUUGUUAACAAUCCGUACACUGGUCUCCUCCCUCACUUCCUCCUCCGACCAAACCCGUCUCGCCGCCCUCCGCCACCUCCGCCGCACCUCCAACGAGGACCCCGCCUCCCGCACCAUCAUCUCCGCCGCCGGCGCCGUCCCCCUCCUCGCCGCCGCGCUCUACUCCCCCUCCCACCCCAUCCAAGACGACGCCGCCGCCACCCUCCUCAACCUCUCCAUCUCCGACCGCCGCCCCCUGCUCUCCUGCCCCGCCCUCCUACCUUCCCUCGCCCACGUCCUCUCCCGCCACGCCACCUCCUCCGCCCCAUCCGCCGUCCAAUCCGCCGCCGCCACCCUCCACAGCCUCCUCGCCGUGGUAGCCGAGUUCCGCCCCACCGUCGGUGCAAAACCGGAGAUUCUCCGUGCCCUCAUCAGUAUAAUCAGCGAUCCCGAUUCGCUGACGAGGACGAUCAAGGAUGCUCUGAAAGCAUCGUUCGGAAUUGCACUCUACCGGCCGAGCCGAACCGCACUGGUCCGGCUGGGCGCCGUUCCCGUGCUCUUCGGUCUGGUGGCGAAGGACAAGGACGGGAAGAGAAAAGUUGGCAUAAUCGAGGAUGCGACGGCGGUGAUCGCGCAGAUUGCGGCGUGCGAGGAGAGCGAGGACGCGUUUCUUAAGGUUUCGGGGGUUUCUAGGUUGGCCAUGAUGCUGUGUUCCGAAAGUGGAAACUGUAGUUUGAGGACAAAGGAGAAUGCUGUUGCGGCGUUGUUGAAUCUCGUGAGAUAUGGGAGUGAGAGAGUGGUUGGAGAGGUUAAGAACAAGGUUGGGGCUUUGGAUGGAAUCUCCUACGUGCAGGAACACGGUAGCCCCAAAGGGAAGAGCAAAGCCGUCGCAUUUUUCAAGCUUCUGCUUGAUGGUGGAAGCAGUGGUGAAAUUGCUCAAGAUUUGUACCCGGUUCACUCUGAUUCCGGUUCAAGCCGCUAGUGAAUACUAAAACCUAGUUUUUGUUUUGUUUUCUAUGUAAACUAUUUUUAAACACCUUCAAAGAAAUGAAAAGCAAGAAGCACUUCAAAGUCUUUAA